AGGUUCAGGUCUCGAUUUGCCUAAACUGCUCACAUAGAGAUGCAAAAGGGAGAGAGCAACUUAGUGGACCGUGACUCCAUGACGGAGUCACAGAAGUGGUCAUACAUUACCGACAACACGUUGAAAAUGAUGAGUUUUGGUUUUCUGUGCGGCGGCGCAAUUUCAAUGGUUGUAUUUCGCUCUGUAACGUCGCGUGCGGCGAUUACUGCUUUUGGUACCGGAUGCGGAAUCGGAAAAGCUUACGUUGACACCAAGUAUGUUUUAGGUCAUGACGUCGCCGCCGAGACUGUUUGGUCUGCUCAGGUUGCACCAGGUAACGAGAAUCCGUAA